UAAAAUUAUUGAUAGUUGAAAUUAUUUUGAGCGGAUCGACAAUAGUUGAGAUUAUUACCAUCAAUUUUUCCUUAAUUUUUUUUUACCCUUUUCCUCUCCCCCUUUCUCUCAUUCUCCUCUCUCUUCUUUGCGCCAUUUCUCCUUUCUCCCGUAGCACUUACUCCUUUCUUUCUUCUUCAUUUCUUCAUUGCAAUCCUUCUCCCCAUUUAACAAUCACAAGCCAUUUAAUUUGUCUACGUUGUUUCUCAUGUUUGAAUCAGGAGAGCUGCAGGUUGUUUUUCAUGAUUGAAUCGGGAGAGCUGCAGACCUGGAAGCCAUCGCCGCCUAGAGUCAUCGCAGCGAUCUGGAAGUUACAGAGCCGACCACCCGCGAGCGAGUCCGACAUGGAGGAUCGAUUUCCGGCCUGGUUAAUUGCCACUGCUGGAGUUUUGGUUGUCUUUAAAGGAACACAUGUGGGAGACAGUCAAGCUUUUAAAGUACCUUGCUUGAUCCAGUAAGAUGUUUUGCAGCCAGUAAAACUUGCAUAAAAGGAGUCUAGUACCAUACAAAUGAUGUUGACGAGUGAAGAAGCCAAUUGAUUUAGAAGCUUGAUGAAUCAUUAAGAAAGCUGGUGGAAUAGGGACGAAGACAUGAAGCAAUAAAGACUAUUUUGAUAGUGACUUGUGUAUUACUAGUAGUUUUUUGUUAGUGUUUACUUUGUGAUACUUUUCACUUUUUAGUUGUCUUUUCGCCAUACAAAAUUUAAAGUAUGGAAAUUGUACACACUUAAUGUUGUUUUCAUAGUGUUGGUUUUUCAUAGUGUGGCAUAUCUCUUGCAAAACUAGUUAGUUUAAGGCACUUCUGUUGGCACUUGUUUUUAUGAGCACUGAGACUAUAAAUAGUGUAAAUUAAUUUAAGAAAGAUAUCGAUAUCAAAAGCUUGAUGACCAGACAUUUCAGUGGC